AUGGUUCUGCAAAAGGAGGUCCCCAACGUGGGUUUUUCCCGUUGGAACAGCGUCCUGGGGCCUCCGGAGAAACAUAGCUACUUGUUUAAACAGCAGUUCAAGCCUUUUCUGUGUGGGAAGCGGGUGUCGGUCAAACAGCUGGGAGCGUACUGGCACAAACUAGCAGCAGCGAAGAUUCCAGACUCACUAGCGCACUUAGCAAUGAAAUGCCAUGGGUCCCCCCCGGCCACAGAAAGGAACUUACCUCGAGGUGAAGCCGUCCCCAAGGACAGAGGAAGAGAAAAGGAAGCCAUUUCAGCCGGAAGAAGGUCAUUCCAAAGUUCAGGCGACCUUUUUAUCAACAAGAACGAAGAAAUGAGAGUGGAACCCUUUUUGACCCCUUGUUUGAAACUAGCAAAGAAUCAAGGUAAUCUGAAAGAAGUCAACGCAAAGUUUCCUGAACCCUCUGUUGUUGCAAAUAGUAGUAACCAGCUUUCAUCAUCAGCUGGAAGCUCACUAGAAGUUGAUGGAAUCUUGUAUCAGUCCCUCUUCUCUUCAGUAGCGUGUUUGACAGCAACUGCACAAAACCAUGAUCACAAAGAAGAAACAAAGCAUAUUUUGCCCACCAAAGAAUCUAAGAAAGACACUGAAAAUAAAAGAGCAAACAAAAGGAAAAAAGAAAGAGAAGAAAAGGGUUCAAAGAGUAAACCUACUGGGAAUAAUGGGGGAAAGGCAUCAACAAAAGAGAUUACAUCACUGUUUCCUGCUGGGAUGACAUUCAAGGUACCAGUGAUUCAGUUGCACAGAAUAACCACGUUUACCACGCCUCCAGUGUGUCGAACACAGAAGAAAAUCAGUGAAGAAGAGCUGGCAGAAAGCCCUUUGGAGGCCCAGAGUAAACCCCAGGAAGUGCUUGGGAGAAAGUCCAGUGACAAGGGCGAUGUGAUAACAAGCACUCCAGCAGAUGUCAGCCGGCUGAAGGCAGUGGUCAAAAAUGGGAAAACAUGGAGCAUGCCAUCAACUCCAACCCUUGAGCAUUUAAUAUCUCCAGUGCCAAAGGAAAGCUACCUUGUUGCUCUUAGUAAUUCAUCAGAUUUUGAGUCUCCAAUGUCCUUUAAAUCUAAAUCAAAUAUCCACUCAAAUCAUGAAGGUCAAAGUGAACAAUCUGUUGAAAGCAGAUAUGAGACCUGCAACUCAGAAAUAAAUAGUAAGUCUUCAGACAGUUUACCAGCUGUGGCAUCCGAAGCAAAGGGAACCAUUUCAGCAUGCCAUCUAAAUAAAGAAAACUAUAGAGAUAGUGAGAGUGAAAUGAAAAGGUUUUAUAAUAGCUCUUUGGAACUGGAGAGUGGCCCGUUCAAAGGGGUAGUUAUACCAGCUCGUGACAAUACCAAAGCCCGUAAAAGCAGUUUUGGUCACGCUGAAAGCAGUGAAUCAGAAAUUAGCGUUGAACUCAGCAAUGUCAUAGGUUUAAGGAAUGUAGGCACUGCUAGAACACUGAAAAAUAGAGUCACUACUAGAAAAAGGAAAGGAGCUGCUGUUGAGAUUAGAAACAAAUUUGAAUCUUCGGCAGACCUCUCUAAUUUAGAAAGGUCGUUAGCUCACAUGUCCAAAAGAAAUGGGCAGUUGACCAAAUCUAAACAAAGUCUUCGAACAAAGCAGUUAGGCUCAAAAUUGUCUCUUAAAAAAUCUUGGGCUAAGCCUUCUCCAGUUCUGACUAGACUAAGGCAGAAAGCUCCCAGACAGACCAAGAUUUAUGAUAUCUCUUUGGAGAGUUUAGUGGCAGCACAAGAAAAUAAAAAAAGUACUUCCAUAAGUAAUUUAUCAGGCACGGAAAAAUCUUUAGUCAUAGGGAGACGGAAAAGAAUAUCCAAAGUGACAGGUAGUGUGAAGAAUCGCAUUCAACUGGAGACCUCAGACACGGACACUUCACUUGUCAUUCCAAGAAGACCUCCUAAGAAGCUGAGUCUUAGAAAAAAAGUGAAGGAUAAUACUUCCCUGAAACCAUCAAAUGGAAAUAGCCAGUUCAUGUCUGAUGCUGAUUUAAGCAGUGUCAGCAUGGCAGAAAAUUCACAGGUGAAGAGGAGGAGUGGAAGAUUACUAGCCAUGAAGCGACAGACAUUUGUGCCAUCUCCAAAGUUACUGAGAAGGAAAUCUGCAAGGUUGUGCAAAAAUCAUUUGGAAGAAAGUGCAACCAAGAGCCAGAGUGAGAAUGAAAACUAUAGUAAUACAAGUAGAAUUCAGAUUCAAAACAGAAAAUCUUACUCAAAGAAACUCAGUUUGAAAAACUUAAGCAGAAUGUCUGCCAGAAGUGUGCAGGGGUUAGAGGCCACUGCCAUGAGUUUUGGUUCAGUAAAUACUACAGUAUUUACUGACUUCCAGACCAGAAAAGAAAGGAGGGGUAACCAGUUAGUCUACUGUAAACUGGAAUCAAGUGAAGACAUGUUUGAUACCUCAGGUACCCAUAUUUCAGAAGUACAAAAUGAAGAGCCAGUUGGUUUUGAGGAACCACAAGUUAUUGACAAAGAUCCUGAGAAUGCAGAGCAAACAAGUUCAGAUGAAAAAGAUACAGAUUCUCUAGAACAAGCACCACCUAGUGGGGAUUCCUGUCACUUGGUUGAGAGCAGUAUUCAUGAGAAUUCUCUUCUGGAACUAGAGGAAUUGGAAGAUGUAUGCAGAAGCGUGAAAGUGCAGUGUAUGAUUCCUGUGAAGGGAGGCAAGGGCUGGAGAAGAUCCUGUCUUAGCAUAGCUGCAGCAAAGUGGCACUGGUGUAGCGGGAUCAUCCUGUUUUGGAGGCUGGAAAGUAUAACAGGUAGACACAUACAACAGAUGGGAAUUGCACAUAAAGUGGAUAUGCACACUUCACAUCACACAAGCUUCCACACAGUGGUCAGCACUGAUGCCUCUGAGCCUGCCGUACCCUCUGACCCCAGGGAAUAUGUUCUCAAGCUGUGCAGUCAAGUUGCUCCUGUCCCCAUUUGA